AUGUCAUUGAUACAAUUGCCAAGAGUAACCAGUCAUUGGAACACAACUAUUGGUACACCCAUGAUUCAAGAAAUAAUGCCGAAGCAAAAAUUUGAAAAAAUUAGACAGUAUAUCCAUUUCAAUGACAAUUCUAAUUUACCCCCACGUAAUUCAGCUAAUGGUGACAGGCUUUUCAAAAUUAGACCUAUCGUAGAAACUUUGAAUAGGACUUUUAGUACAGUUCCAUUGGAGACAUACCUUUGUGUGGACGAACAGAUUUGCUCCACUAAGGCAAGAUGUAAUUUGAAAAGAUACAAUCCCAAAAAACCACACAAAUGGGGUUAUAAGAUUUUUGUACUAAGUGGGGUCUCAGGUUUUGCCUAUAAAAUUGAACCUGAAACAGGAGCUGAAAAUGUUGUGCUUCCUGAUGAACCAGAUUUAGGAGCAUCUUCAAACGUAGUCGUCAGAAUGGCGCGGGGCAUACCAAGGCAUCAGAAUUAUCAACUUUAUUUUGAUAAUUACUUUACUUCCUUGGCAUUACUGGAGUACUUAGCUAAAGAGGCCGCAGCUGUAAACAUAGAUGGCAAUAGUCUAAGAGAUGCAUAUAGAAGAGCAAUGAAUAAGAAAAAGGGACAAGUGGAUAGGCGGCGAAGAAAAUUAAAAAAUGAAAAUAUGAGGAUGAGAUGUCCUUUUUGGCUUCGUUUUUUGUCGCAAAAAAAAACUUUAGAUAGCGUUGAGAUGUCGAGUGACGAUGAAGAGACUCAAGAAGAUGCUACAAAAGUCCAGAACCCUAACUCUGGCAAUGAGAUCAACAGUACCGACGCUGUAUGUGGCUGCUUCUCAAGUCACUGA